GGCCAUUGCUUCUGCAAAGUAUGUCUGGGUCAACUGCAGCGUGCGAGCCGGCGGAGCUGUCCUGAAUGUCGACAUCCCAUCGGGGUGAACGAUCCUCAGCCAAUAUAUCUCCGACUCGCGGAUUAUCAAUCGCCUCUCGAACGUAUAACAUCUGGAAUCGGGAGAAUGGACGAUACGGUACCGGUGAAAAGUGUUGACGGAGCUAUCAGGAAGCUCAAGCAGGUGGCGACGCAGGAACGGGGGGACUCGAAGCUGGUGUGGAAACUUGACGGCUGCUGUAAACGUGCUCUGAGAGUUGAUUGUUCGGUCCAGGAUGACCUUCUGCAAGCCAUAGAGGCGUUUGAGACUCGUCUGAAGCCGGCGUUCCUUCGCAUGAAGAGUCAAGAGACUCAGAUCAGCUUGUUGGAAGCAAAACAACUCGAAUUCGAUGCGAUCAGAGCAAAGGCGAAUCGUACAGUCACGCUGGACGCCGAGGUGGCAAUGCUGCGCAUUGACCAGGCUGAAUCACGCAAACAAGUGAAUGCGGCCAACGAGCGCUGGUCGCAGGCCCUUGAACUAGUCAAGGAGAGGGAAGCCGACAAUCUCCGGGUACGAAGGGAUGCUGAGGCCAAGGAGCAGAAGUCGGUGGAUGAAGUGCGGCGCCUGAAGGGUUACCUGGAACGCAACUAUGCAGCCCGUAAUCAACUUGCGGCUCGGAUCAAGGACUUGGAGCAGGAGCGAAACGCGCUUUUGGAACAGCACAACACUAAUCCCUCUCGGAUGGACUCGAUGGUCGAUAUGAAUACAGAUGACGAAAAUGCCUCCCGAAGAGCGGUGUUCUCGCCGCACCGCUCAUCGACAUCUACUAUCCGAGCGGCGAAACGUGCGACGUUGGACUUUGAAGGAGUUCCCGGGCCCGGGUUUCAGAGUUCAUGGACGUUGCCCAGAGGGACGAAACGAAAGGCAGAGGAUGAGACAAAGCGGCGCGAUUUUCCCUUGGCAGUAAAGAAUGGGCGGACAACUGCCGCUGUUCAGUUAGGUCCGAGAAAGAUAUUCAAAGUCCAUGUCAAUGGUUAACUGUGUGCGCCAAUAUGACCCAAUGUUACGCGUGGUGAUGCGAGUCCAGAACGAGCCAUGGAGGAGAAACAUAGAAUGGGCUGCACAGGAGUCCGAGUGAACGGGCAGCGAACUUGCGUACCGUGGUCUCGACCUAAGUACAUAGGAGGCAACUGUAUUGCUU